AGGUUUCAUGUCAACACUUUUACUUUUUUACUACUUGACAGAGCACGAUGGCGUAAAAUGGGACUUGUACGACGAUUCGCAAGAGCCAAUAUUUCCUCCUGAACUCAUGAUGUCUGGCAAACUAAACAGUGAUACACCCAGAUCAUUGAAGUUUGUUGGAAACAACGUUACAUGGCAUCAGCCAACAAGUUUACGAGAAAGUUUGACAAUAAAAAAGCAACAUCCCGAAGCCAGAAUUGUUGUUGGAAAUACGGAAGUUGGAAUUGAAAUGCAUAUCAAAGGACGAACUUAUACUCAUCUUAUAUCGCCGGUAAAUGUAAAAGAAUUGAACAACAUGAUGGAAAGCGACGAAGGUGUUUCAAUUGGUGCAGCAUGUAGUCUAACCGACGUCGAGCAAUUCCUUAAAGCUAUAAUCGAGAAAAGAAAUGAAAAGCAAUGUCAAGCCUGCGGUUCAGUGCUUGAAAUGUUGGAGUUAUUCGCGGGGAGUCAAAUUCGAAAUGUGGCGUGCAUUGGUGGAAACAUCAUGACAGCAAGUCCAAUAUCGGAUCUCAAUCCCAUUUUACUUGCGGUUGGAGCAAAACUAACUUUUGCUUCAUCAAGUUCUGGUUUGAGAGAAAUUCAAAUGGAUGAAACUUUCUUCACUGGGUAUAGAAGAACAAACACCAAAAGCGAUGAAAUUCUAGUUUCUGUCACUAUUCCAUUUCUAGAUGAGAAUGACAUCAUGAAAGCGUACAAACAAUCUAGAAGAAAAGAAGACGAUAUUGCCAUUGUCAAUGCUGGCAUGUAUGUUGCGUUUCAACCAGGAACCGCAGUAGUUAAGAAAUUAUCAAUGGCCUACGGAGGGAUGUCAGCUGUCACGAAAAUUCCCAUCCAGACAAUGUCAAAGGCUUCUGGAAGAAAAUGGGACAAAAGUUUACUUGAAGAUAUUUGUUGUUGGCUGAGUGAAGAAAUGAAAUUACCACUUGAUGCUCCAGGAGGAAUGAUUCAGUAUCGACGUACUUUAGUCACGUGCUUCUUUUUCAAGUUUUUUCAUCAUGUGGGGAAAAGUUUAAUAGACAGGGAAAUACAACAGGUAGAAAAAACCAAGACAGAUCUUGACGUACUACAGCCUAUGUCAACUGAAACAGAAUCCUUUACUGCCACUCAGACUUGGCAAGAGACGUAUACAGAACAACCAAAUUAUGAUACAAUUGGAAAAUCUCGUAUGCAUGUGUCUGGGAUAAAGCAUACUACAGGAGAAGCAGUAUACAUUGACGACAUUCCACUACACCAAGGGGAAGUCCAUCUUGCGUUAGUGUGCAGCACUCGAGCGCAUGCACGAAUAACGAGUGUUGACUCAAACCUGGCUCUUAAAUCUCUUGGUGUUGUGGACUAUAUCGACAGAGGUGACGUCAUUGGGGAAAAUGACAUGCAUGAAUUUGGUGAAGUUUUUGCUGACGGCAAGGUAACAUGCAUUGGUCAUGUCAUUGGGGCCGUAGCAGCUGACACUCAAGCACACGCAAUAAAAGCAAGCUCUUUGGUAAAAGUGACUUACGAAGAUAUACAACCAAAAAUCAUUACUAUCGAGGAAGCCAUAUCACACAACUCAUUCUACGAAUCUUCAACUAGACUUGUGAAAGGAAAUGUUGAUGAUGGUUUUAGGCUUUGUGAUAAAAUUAUCGAGUCUGAUUUAAGGGUUGGUGGACAAGAGCAUUUUUAUCUAGAGACGCAAGCUUGUAUUGCAAUCCCAAAAGGUGAAGAUGGGGAAAUGGAAGUUUUGAGCUCAUGUCAAGAUAUGAACGAACUUCAGAAAAUGGCGGCGAUGUGCCUUGGAGUAGACAGAAACAAAGUAACAGUCAGAACAAAACGUCUUGGUGGGGGUUUUGGUGGAAAGCAAAGUAGAUUCCAUGUUGUGUCAAACCCAGCUGUUACGGCAGCACGAAAACUCGGAAGACCAGUUCGAUGUAUUUUGACAAGACAGCAGGAUAUGCAAAUCACUGGAGGAAGACAUCCUUAUUUGGGACGAUACAAAGUUGGAUUUACUAAUGAAGGUAGUAUAAUGGCAUUACGCGUGGAGCUGUACAGUAAUGGAGGAAAUACUGCUGAUCUAUCCUUCGAAAUUAUGUUGAGGGCAACCACCCAUGCAGACAAUUGCUACAAUAUACCGCAUAUGGAAGUAAUUGGGCGCAUUUGCAAAACAAAUAUAGCAUCAAACACCGCAUUCCGAGGAUUUGGAGCUCCACAAUCUAUGAUAAUUGUUGAAGAUUGGAUUACACGCGUUGCUGAUACUUUGAAUAAAAGCCCAGAAGAGAUUCGUGAAUUGAACAUGUACAAAAAUGGGGAUAAGAUAUUGCACGGACUCGUGCUGGAGAACUUCCAAGCAAAGCGAUGUUGGGAUGAAUGCAUGGAAAAAUCGAAUUUUAUCGAAGCACGUAGAGCUGCUGAGGAAUACAACAAAAAUAAUAGAUGGAAGAAAAGAGGCAUCGCAUGUGUACCGUCCAAAUAUUCCGUUGGAUACGGCGUAACUUUUUUGGAGCAGGGUGGCGCUCUUGUAUUGAUCUACUCUGAUGGUACAGUGUUGUUGUCUCAUGGAGGAGUUGAAAUGGGUCAAGGGUUGCACACAAAAAUGAUGCAGGUGGCAAGCAGAGAGUUGGGAAUACCAAUGAAGUUUAUUCAUAUUUCUGAGAGUACGACAGCAUCUGUUCCAAACACUUCUCCAUCAGCAGCGAGCAUGAGCAGCGAUUUAAAUGGAAUGGCUGUUAAAAAUGCUUGUGAAAAGCUAUUGAAAAGACUUGAACCAUUGAGAAAACGUAAUCCCAACUUGGUGUGGUCUCGUCUGAUCGAAAAAGCUUAUAUGGAAAGAAUAAGCCUUGCUGCAACGGGAUUUUACAGGUCACCUGGAAUUGAUGUAGAAUGGAAUCAAAAAACUGGUGUUAUCACUGGAAACAUGUUCAAUUAUUUGGCUUAUGGAACAGCAGUUUCCCAAGUUGAAAUCGACGUAUUGACUGGACAUCAUGCUGUGUUGCGGACGGAUAUUGUUAUCGAUGUCGGAAACAGCAUAAAUCCUGCAAUUGAUAUUGGACAAAUCGAAGGCGCCUUUACACAAGGAUAUGGCAUGAUGACACUCGAAGAAAAGCUUCAUUCACCAUCCGGACACCUGUGGCAUACUGGUCCUGGAUCUUAUAAGAUUCCAGGUUUUUCCGAUACCCCCAAGAAGUUCAAUGUGCAUUUCCUACGGAGCUGUCCCAACGAAAAAGCUAUUUAUUGCUCCAAAGCUGUGGGUGAACCACCACUUUUCUUGGCAGCUUCUGCAAUGUUUGCAAUCAAAGAUGCGAUCAAGUCUGCACGCUCAGAUGCCGGAAUUGUUGGUCCAUUCAGACUUGACAGUCCAGCAACUUCCGAAAGAAUUAGAAUAGCAUGCGAAGACGAUUUCACCAAAAAAGCCAAUGAAAACGAAAUGCUCAAUCAAGGACAGACGCCAUGGGCAGUCAGAACAUAAAUGUUACGAGAUAAGAAUACUUUUAGAGGAAGAUCUUUAAAAAAUACAUGUCUUGAUAAUAUUAUUUAUGUUAACUUUAUGCCAUAUUAUUUUGUAGUCUAUGUGCUAACUCGUCAAUAAAACAAAAACAUUUAUUAUAAAUUGGCUUGUCCUGCUUCUAUUUCUCAAAUCAUAGGCAAAAGAAUUGAUUGGAGCGAUUUUGCUUGCUCAAUUAUUGUUCUUACAUAUUAUUUCAACAUCAACCAGUUGUCAUUUGGAGAACUCAUGAUUCUAUACAGUUAACACAAUUACUUCUGAUUUAAAACAUUGCUGCAUAUAACUGACUUUUUACAUUACAUGUGAUUUAUUUCACUUGCUUAAUCAUAUGUAAAAAAGAAUACGAUUACAGCAACAGCAACGCGUUUGAUGAAUACUGAACAAUGAAAUCUAUAUAUUGAUAAUUUUUCAUCAGUAGUUUUUAAGUCUACCACAUGUAAUCAUAAAAUUUUGUGUAAGAAGGUCAUAAUUACGGCGAGAAUCAGUUAUACCCUAUGUCAAAUUACGUAGUUUUCAUGCGCGAUAAGCACUUUUGUUAUAGCUAAUCUGACAUUCCUGUCGCUCUCAUCUUAGAAAUAUUUUUAAUUCGACAUUUUUGAUCUUACGUCAGUUAGUCCUUUUAUGAAGUUCUUCAUGAACCAUCGACUAUUGUUAAUUAAAAUACAGUUUAUUAAUAUUAAUAAAAGUAUCAUGAAUCACAGUUUGUCACAUCUUCUUGAUGGAAUGAAGGCAUGGGUUCCCGUGCAUGG